AUGAAAUACAUAGAGAAUAUGAACAACGUGACAGAGUUUGUUCUACUGGGGCUCACAGAGAAUUCAAAGAUACAGAAAAUCAUAUUGGCUGUGUUUCUUGUCAUCUACAUCAUUUCUAUGGUAGGAAAUGUGCUCGCCGUGGUGACCAUCACUGCCAGUCCGUCAUUGAGGUCCCCCAUGUACUUUUUCCUGGCCUGUCUCUCCUUUAUUGAUGCCUGCUAUUCCUCUGUCAAUACCCCAAAACUGAUCAUAGAUUCACUCCAUGAAAAGAAGACCAUCUUAUUUAAUGGGUGUAUGACCCAAAUCUUUGGGGAACAUUUCUUUGGAGGUGCUCAUGUCAUCCUGCUCACUGUGAUGGCCUAUGACCGCUAUGUGGCCAUCUGCAAGCCCUUACACUACACAACCAUCAUGAAUGCGUGGGUGUGUGGCCUACUAAUGGGAGUGGCAUGGGUGGGAGGAUAUCUUCAUGCAAUCAUACAGAUCCUCUUCAUCUUUCGAUUACCCUUCUGUGGCCCUAACAUCAUAGAUCACUUCAUGUGUGAUCUGAAUCCUUUGCUCAAUCUUGCCUGCACUGAUACUCACACUCUAGGGCUCUUUGUUGCUGCCAACAGUGGAUUCAUCUGUGUGUUAAACUUCCUCAUCGUGUUGAUCUCCUAUGUGGUCAUCCUGCGCUCCCUAAGGACCCACAGCUUGGAGGUGAGACGCAAAGCUCUCUCUACCUGUGUCUCUCACAUCACACUGGUCAUCUUGGUCUUUGUGCCCUGCAUAUUUGAGUACCUGAGACCCCCAGAUACUUUAUCUGUUGACAAAACAGUUGCUGUAUUUUACACUGUGAUAACCCCCAUGUUAAAUCCCUUAAUCUAUACCCUGAGAAAUGACCAGAUGAAAAAUGCCGUGAAGAAAUUGUGUAGUAGGAAAACUAUUUCAGGUGACAAAUAA